UGAAAAUAAAUCCAUUCCACAUAAUUACUGUUUGAAAUAUCUAGAUCGUUAAUGUGGAUACAGGAUUAAUCUGAGGCAGUUCGUCUUCGUACAGUCUUAGUUCUGCAGGAGGAAAUCAAACGUUGUAGAUGAUGCAGAAAAUAAAAAGGUCACAAGUCUUACUGCGGUGUGCUGGAAUACUUGCCCUGAUUGCUUGUGCUUUGAACGCUUACGCAGCACCCGUUUUAUUCGAAAAUGAAGCAGAGCCGGACCACGUGACGCAAUUGAAGUCUUCUGUUCUUCCACUUUUCAUCGACAAAGUUCGACCACCCGUAGGGAGAUUGAAGAGAUAUGCUAUUCAAGGGACUAAAUGGCUGCGCAAAAAUUUAACUUACAAAAUAAACAGUUACCCCGAAAAACUGAAUAAAACAGAUGUUGAUAAUGAAAUCGCCAAGGCAUUUGCUGUCUGGUCAAAUUACACAGACCUGACAUUCACACGAGGAAGUGGAAACGUCGACAUUGACAUAAGCUUCUACCGCGGAGAUCAUGGAAACGACUGCAAACCAUUCACAGGAACGUUGGAUAUGACGGCGCACGCUUUUUUCCCGGCGACUCAAUUCAGUGGGGAUGCCCACUUUGACCUGUCUCAAAAUUGGACUAUCAGAGACAAUCGCGGUCUCGAUCUCUUUCAGUCUGCGGUGCACGAGUUCGGUCAUUCCCUUGGUCUUGAUCACAGUAACAUUGAGAACGCCGUGAUGUGGCCAGUCAUCAGAAGAUACUCACCCGAUUACCGAUUGCACAGUGAUGACAUCACUGGGAUACAAAAACUCUACGGGCCAAAAACUGAGGGUACAAAAAAUAGCACGGAGGGUCAGGACGCUUCACAUAGAGAAGGAAACCUUUUUUCAACUACUAGCGAUUCUCUACUACCGAUGUCGAAUAAAACCGUUUAAAACAAGUC